AUGGUGGAGAGACGGAGUCCUCUGGUUCUAUCAUCCACCAGAGCUACACUCCGUUCAGUGCUAAAUUCGUUGCAACCCGUCGCUACCGGCGGCGAACGAGCUUUGACUAACGACGGGGGCAGCUCCGAUUUGAUACGGAGGAGCGUUAAGUUAUCGGCGGGGAUUCUCCGGUGCCAUAGUGACGGAGAAAAUGUUUCCGAUGUAAAAUUAGAUUCUUUAGAUGACUCUGCAUUGAUUGGACUCUCGACUCAAUUGCUCAAGAGACUAUCUAUCAACUCUGGCUCUUUGGUUGUUAUCAACAACAUCGAGAUAGGGAUUCAACGAAUAGCGCAAGUUGUUGUACUUGAUCCUCCGAAGGCGACGCCGGAAGAUGCAUUUGUUACUGGCGUGCCGAUUUCGGAUGCUCAUCGUACGAUGAUUGUGUUUCCCACUUAUGAUUUGACUCAACAAGAACACUCUCUCUUGUUAGAUCAAGAGGUUGCUUAUUUGUCUCCAAUGUUAGCUUUUAAUCUUAGCUUGCACAUUUCUUGCCUGAAAUCCCUUGUCUAUCGAGGGAACGAGGUUUUGGAGAAGUAUUUUGAAGCUAAGUUUGGUGAGGAGUUAAAUGGAAAACUUACGACAGAUGCGUCAAAGAUUGGUUUGGAUUUGGAACCUGUGUCCGAAGUUCCAGGAUAUGCAUCACAUCUGAGAGUUUCUUUUGUUAAAAUCCCAGAGUGUGGUGCUAUUCAGUCCUUGAAAAUCAAUUCGUCAAUUGAAGCUGAAGAGCGACAACGGUUGAUAGAUUCUGCAUUGCAUAAGUAUUUUGGAAUUGAUAGACAGCUUUCAAGAGGCGAUGUUUUUCGGAUUUACAUUGACUGGAACUGUGGUUCAAGCAUUUGUAUUCCAUGUAGUCAAAGGUUAUGCUCCAAAAGCGAGAACUUUAUAUAUUUCAAGGUCAUCGCGAUGGAACCUUCUAAUCAGAGGUUUCUUCGAGUCAAUCACUCCCAAACCGCUCUUGUACUUGGAGGAACUGUUUCUUCUGGUCUUCCACCCGAUUUACUCGUAUCUAGAUCAAAGGUUCCUAUGCCUUUGCAGGAAGACACAGUAAAUAUUUUGGCGUCGGUGCUUUCCCCACCUCUCUGCCCAUCAGCACUCUCCUCAAAACUCAGGGUUGCUGUUUUACUGCAUGGUCUUCCAGGGUGCGGAAAGAGAACUGUUGUUAACUAUGUUGCUAGGAGGUUGGGCCUGCAUGUAGUUGAAUAUAGCUGCCACAGUUUAUUAGCAUCAUCUGAAAGGAAAACAUCUACUGCUUUGGCCCACACUUUUAAUAUGGCAAGAAGGUAUUCGCCAACGAUACUUCUGCUCCGCCAUUUUGAUGUUUUUAAAAAUCUGGGCUCUCAGGAUGGUUCACUAGGUGAACGAGUUGGCGUGUCCUCUGAGAUUGCCUCGGUUAUUAGGGAACUCACUGAGCCAGUUUCUAAUGGUGAAUACACUUCCAUGGAUGAAAAUUCGAAUGGCAAUUUUUCUGUAGAUGAAUUUGGGAAGUUUAGAGGACACCAAGUGUUGUUAAUCGCAUCUGCUGAAAGCACCGAGGGUCUCUCUCCAACAAUCAGGCGUUGCUUUAGCCAUGAAAUACGUAUGGGUUCUUUGAAUGACGAACAGAGAUCUGAGAUGCUGACUCAGUCCCUCCAAGGUGUUUCUCAACUCUUUAAUACCAGCUCAGAUGAAUUUUUGAAAGGAUUGGUGGGACAGACUUCUGGUUUCUUCCCUCGGGACUUGCGUGCUCUUGUAGCUGAUACUGGUGCUAACUUAUUCAUCAGUAAAGAGUCCGAGACCGAGAAGAUUAACUCUCCGUCGGAUGAUCUACAUGGAGUUGAUGUCGACCAAGCAAACCAAUUCCAUAACAGCAGUGAGACAUUAACAGCUAAGGAAGACUUUACUAAAGCAUUGGACAGAUCAAAGAAGAGAAAUGCAUCAGCCCUUGGUGCUCCUAAGGUUCCUAAUGUGAAAUGGGAUGAUGUUGGUGGGCUUGAGGAUGUGAAGACAUCGAUAUUGGACACAGUUCAAUUACCUCUCCUGCAUAAAGAUUUAUUUUCUUCUGGAUUACGUAAACGUUCUGGUGUGCUUCUCUAUGGCCCUCCAGGAACAGGGAAAACUUUACUGGCAAAAGCUGUGGCGACAGAGUGCUCCUUAAAUUUCCUCAGUGUAAAAGGUCCAGAAUUAAUCAACAUGUAUAUUGGAGAGUCGGAGAAAAAUGUUCGAGAUAUAUUCGAAAAGGCGAGGUCAGCGCGGCCUUGUGUGAUCUUCUUUGAUGAGCUUGAUUCUCUUGCUCCAGCUCGAGGUGCUUCUGGUGAUUCUGGAGGAGUUAUGGACCGAGUGGUCUCUCAGAUGCUUGCAGAGAUUGAUGGACUCAGUGAUUCUUCCCAAGAUCUGUUUAUUAUAGGAGCAAGCAACAGACCUGACUUGAUUGAUCCAGCUCUUCUACGACCUGGCAGAUUCGACAAACUUCUAUACGUUGGAGUCAACUCUGAUGCGUCUUAUAGAGAAAGGGUCCUUAAAGCACUUACUCGGAAAUUUAAGCUGAGUGAAGAUGUAUCGCUUUAUUUAGUAGCAAAGAAGUGUCCUUCUACAUUCACUGGCGCUGAUAUGUACGCAUUGUGUGCUGAUGCUUGGUUUCAGGCAGCUAAGCGAAAGGUCUUGAAUUCAGAUUCAGGGGAUUCUCCUCCAGAAGAUGAUCCGGAUUCAGUCGUUGUAGAGUAUGUGGACUUUAUAAAGGCAAUGGAUCAGCUCUCGCCAUCACUUUCCAUAACAGAGCUUAAGAAGUAUGAGGCGCUUCGAGACCAAUUCCAAGGCCGAUCCACCUAA